AUGUCUUAUGAUAAAGACGGCAAGAACUUUGGCGACGGUCCCAAGAUCCACAAAAUCCGCAUCACCCUGACAUCUCGCAAUGUAAAAGCCAUCGAGAAAGUCUGUCAAGAGCUUAUAGAUCGCGCUAAACACAAAGAACUCCGUGUCAAGGGUCCUGUCCGUCUGCCUACAAAAACCCUUAAGAUUACAACUCGCAAAGCGCCCAAUGGCGAGGGUACGAACACGUGGGACACGUAUGAGAUGCGCAUUCACAAGCGACUUGUGGAUCUACAGGCUCCUACCGAGGUCGUUAAGCAGAUUGUUAUCAAUAUAGAAUCUGGAGUUGAGGUUGAGGUUACCAUCGCUGGAUAA